AUGUCAAUCCAUGGGCUGAUACUCGAAGUCAGAGUCACCGGGUGCCGGAAGCUGCGGGACACGGAGUUCUUCACCCGCCAGGACCCCUACGUCGUCCUCGAGUACGCCACCACCAAGCUCCGCACCCGCACCUGCACCGAUGGGGGAAGAAACCCAACUUUCGAUGAGAAGUUCCAUAUACCCCUCAUUGAAGGACUCCGCGAGUUGAAUGUUAUCGUAUGGAACAGCAACACAUUAACCCAUGAUGACUUCGUUGGCAGUGGCAGAGUAUAUCUGCACAAGGUGCUCACAAAUGGCUAUGAUGACUCCUCAUGGCCACUUCAAACACGCCACAUGAGAUCUGCUGGGGAAGUGAAGCUCAUUAUGCAUGUUGAUGUCUCAGCAAUGAAGAACAAGAUGGGUAGAAGUGUCGCCGCACCAAGUGCACAUCCUGUUCCAGCACUUUCAAUGCCAGUCCCAACCCCAGCUCCAGCUCCGGCCCCUGCCCCUGCCCCAGCCCCUGCUCCAGCACCAGCACUAGCAUCAGCGAUUCCAUACACAGGAGUCACACCUUCAUAUCCACCUGUUUCAGCGUAUCCUGCUGCAGCCGCAUACCCUGCUUACCCUACUCCUAGCCAUGCACCAUAUACCACUGCAGAAUAUCCACCACCUCCGCAGCAACCAUACCAACCCCCACCCGCUGGAUACCCUCCAUCCUAUCCACCGCAACCAUAUGAGCAAUCUUACCCACCGCAACCAUAUGGGCAACAACCAUACCCGCCCCCGCCGGCAGCACAGUCCCUGUAUCCACCUGGUGAGAUGCAAUUGAGCAGAGAUAAAUCCAUUCUUUUUCAUGAUAUCAGUCAGUGUUCUAACUGGAUCACCUCCCUUUGCCUCGUUUGA